AUGGCCUGCCCGGCGUCUCCUCCAAUCGAGCAAUCCAUUUCUAAAUGGAGCACAACAAGCUACCGAAUGGGAACCAGGUUUCUCUGCCGAAGAGUAGCCAGUGAUGGCAGUGAGGACACCAUUGCUAGAUGGAAGGAUGCGGAUGGCACGCUUGGUCUAUUCGAACAUGAUGGCAGCAUUUCGACAAACGAGCAACCAUGCAAUGACCUCGUUUACCAAGCCGGCACCUCCUCUGCCGUCUGGGAAAUCGGCUCCGAAGCUAUCUGCAAGGUCAAGACCUGGACGCCUGGUAUGGAGAUGGAAAGUGAUACGCUCGCAUUUGUCAAGGCCAAAGCUUCUCACAUCCCGGUUCCGGAGGUAAUCUACGCGUGGCUCGAUAAGAAACUGCGUAGGACAUAUCUUAUACUAAGGCGUAUACAAGGAAGCACACUUCAACAUGCUUGGGGCUCUCUUACUCCCAAUCAGCAAGACACCGUGGCGGAUAUAGUUGCACAAUACUGCUUUGACUUGACAAGAGCCACGUCUAGCAGACUUGAAUCAGCAAGAGGGUGUGGUGUUCUUGAACCAUUUCUUCAUGUCCCAGCCAAAGAAUCGCACCCGUCUUGGGAGCCGCGACUAUUGGGACCUAUGUCUGCCGAGUCUUUCAUCCAAUAUUUACGCAGAAGAUCGGACCUUCAACCUCCGCCAGUGAAUGAAUUCUACUUCUAUCACGCGGACCUUAGCCCAACAAACAUCAUUGUUUCGGAAAGUGGUAUGGUUCUGGGGAUCCUGGAUUGGGAGUCCGCUGGCUAUUACCCGGGGUUCUGGGUUUCUCUAAAGCCCUACAUGAGUCGCGGGUUCUUACUCUGCACGGAGGAUUCUCGCUAUGCCUGGGCCGAUGCGUUGAUUGAGAAAUUAUCCGACAAGGGGUUCACGCUCAAGCAGGAGCAUAUCGACUGGUACAAAAGCCUGAAGCGGGAGUACUUUGAUAUUCAAGAUUUCCUUGCUUCCAAUUGA